AUGGCGGCCCCACAGCUGUCUUUAGCUGGCGUGAACAUCGAUCCCAACACCGUGACUUUCGCCCGCGAACAAGAUGGCGGCAACAAGAUCUCUUUCGGUAUUCGCAUCGUCUACAACGAAUGGCGCGCGGCAGCGCUCUCUCUGCACACCAGGCAGUGGGCGGUGUUGAAUCACGACCAGGCAGAACGUAUACGAGAGGACCUGAGGGCUAUCGGUCUUGGAAGCAUCAUUCCAAAGAAAGAGUUCAUGCGCUCGAGUGCUGUUCUGCCCGGUACGGUGGAGCUGGUUCACCCAUAUCGUGCAUCCUUUAUGGUCGGUAAAACGAAGACCAUCUUGGACAAUCUCUCAGCCGGAACACUGUUGAUACAUCAGAUGAGAUAUAUCUUCAUGUAUAUACUCCCUGCAUCGGUGCAACAUCUUCACAGGCAUCCGCCGUGUCAGGCUAUAUACGCCUACGCCGGAAAUCCUGGGCUUGCGUUCGCUGAACAUUCUCUUGAUACAUUCAUUCGUCGUGCACUUGCUGUCAGAGACGGGAUCUCUGUCCCCUCGCCUUCCCCAACUACUCCGCGUCCCUUUGGCCUACCUCCCAAACCCGCUUCGGUUGUGCCAGCACCUAUUGCGUCCACAAGCACUCCGUCGACGAACCAAACGUCCUCCGUGGCCUCAUCAUCAGCGUCUGCGAGACGUGGCUCGAUAUCGAACACUGCUGGGGAUAGCCUGAGUCUCUCCGUCCCCAUGAAGCGACCGCAUUCGGCAUUCGCGGGCUUCGAGGAUGAGAGCAGUCGCGCCAAGGCGCGUAGACUAGACGGGCAGCAGGGGUUGAUGCCUUUCAAGUCUGCUGGUGCAUCCGCCGUUCAACCAGCGCGCAUGACUGCAGUACCUCCCACAUCGCGAUCGAUGUCUUCUUCAUCCGCCUCUCGGAUGUUCGUCACAAACACGGAGAAGAACGUACCUCCCACGAGUGAUUCGUCGGCGUUGAGCAGCUCUCCAGGCAUCUCGGGCCCGAGUGCUUUUGCCUCGAUGUCAGCAACCCCCCGCUCUACGUCUUCACAAGUCGCAAACCCAACUGCGAAGACAGCAUUUCCACCAUCCAUGUUUGUUCCAAAGCCCUCUAGCCGUGAAUUGCCUUCAAGCCAUGCGCCUUCGGCAUCAUCAGCCGCUUCGGGCGUACCUCGGACACAUCAGGCGGCGUCCCAUCUCGCGGCGUCUUCUAUCCCUUCCUCGUCUAGUUCAGAGGCGCAAAGGGUGAAGCGAUUGCAAGACGAGAGAGACGCUAUGGUCAAAUACGCGCGAGAACAGAGCCAACGGCUUGAAGCCGCUCAAUCACAACUUGCUGCCCAACAGGCCCAGAUUGCGGAGCUGGAAAUGCUGCGUAAAGAGGUUGCUCGGCUUCGGGAGCUCCCUGGCGAUAGCGUGCAGACGAUAUCAACCCUCGCGCGAGCACAGAAGACCCUGUCCGAGGAGAUUACACUCCGAGACGAACGGUUGAAUGCUCUGAGUCAGGAGGUCGCGCAAGUUCCAGAACUUCGCGCGACUAUACGGGAGCUCGAAGUCCGAGCAGCCGACGCAGACACUCUGCGCCAGAGUGUUGCCAAUCCCGAGUCUCUACGAGACGUAGAGAACGAGUUGACAGCCUCCCGGGCACUCGUCGAGCAACUGAAGCGUGAUGCAGAUGCACUGGUUCAACAGCGCGAUGCGAUCGAAUGUGAUCUGUCCCAAGUUCGGGAAGCCAAUGAUAGGCUGAAAGAGCAAGUCGCAGAAGUCGAGAUUCUGCGAUCUCGCGUGCAAGAGCUUGCGCCUUUCAAAGACAAGGCCAAGCUUCUGGUACAGCUUGCUCAGAAGCUUAAGGCGGAUCACGACGAGCUUCGUAGUCGAUUUCUGGCGCAAGAGACGGAACUCGGCGCUCUACGGCGGGCAAACCUGGGGAAGACUCGGCCCCCGUCAGAACCCGCUUCGCCAUAUGUGCACACUUCAGAAGAGACAAGGGAAAUGAACACGCAGCUCGAAUGCAAGGCACAUGAUACGGCAGUGUUGACAAGACUGGUGAAGUUGGUCGAGAUUGAACUUGAAGGCGAUUCCUCUGCAUAUAGCAUAGAAGAUGUUUUCGAUGCUGUAGAGCGCAAAGUGGUCGAGUUUCAAAAGGUCAAGCAUACAGCCGAUGCCAUGCGCGAUCGAGCGCAAUGCGCUGAGCGGAAACUUGUGGAUCUAGAGGCAAGAAUGAAUGCCCUAGAAGCGAUCGAUUACUCGGCGGCUCCCAAGUUGACUGAGGCGUUGAUACAUAUCGCAGUGAUGGCAAGCGAGGAAGAAGGCAGGAUAAGCUUAUCAUGA